UAUAAAUCCUCGCAAAUUUAUUACUUUAUUUUCAUUACAUAAAUCAGCAUUAAAGAAAGAAUUAAUCCAUUUCGCGCAGUAGUUUACGAUCGCCCUUGCCGAGUCAUGUGCAAGCGAAGGGCAUUUAACAAACUCAUGUCAAUCACAUAUCUGUGUCUGUAUGCGAAGAUUGUGUGUAUUUUUUAAAACUUUUGUGUACAUAAUGAAAAGAAAACUUAGUAAAGGAGUGAAGUUGAACUUUGAGGUCAUCUGUCACCCCUGUUGACUGUCACGGAGAUGUCAUUCUUUAGCAAUUUCAAGAAAAUAUUCCACAUAGCGGGGAGCAUCGCUUCCGAGUCAAAGAGGCGGAAAGUUUACCACAACAUUCGAUUUAAUGAAGAUCCGGAGGAAUUCUGGGAUAUUGUUGGCGAACUGGGUGAUGGAGCGUUUGGAAAAGUUUACAAGGCUCGAAACAGAGAAAAUGGGAAGCUAGCCGCCGCCAAGAUAUGUGAAUUAAAAGGAGAAGAUGAGCUGGAGGAUUUCACCAUUGAGAUCGACAUUCUGUCCGAGUGCAAGCAUAAAAAUAUCGUAGAACUUCUAGAGGCAUUUUUUUAUGAGUCGAGACUAUGGAUUCUGAUUGAAUUUUGCGAGGGUGGGGCUGUGGAUACGAUAAUGGUGGAUCUGGAGAAGCCUUUGACGGAAUCCCAAAUUCGACAUCUCUGCCAUGAAGUCUGUGAGGGUCUCCAAUUUUUACACGAAAACAAGAUCAUCCACCGGGAUCUCAAAGCUGGUAACAUCCUCCUCACCAUGGAUGGAGGAGUUAAAUUAGCUGACUUUGGAGUUUCUGCUAAAAAUAAGCAUACUCUUCAAAGACGAGAUUCUUUUAUUGGAACUCCAUAUUGGAUGGCUCCUGAAGUUGUUCUCUGUGAAACAUUUAGAGAUAACCCUUACGACUAUAAGGCUGACAUUUGGAGUUUGGGGAUAACUCUCAUCGAGCUUGCGGAAAUGGAUCCACCCAACCACGAGAUGACCCCCAUGCGAGUGCUGCUCAAGAUACAGAAACAAGACCCGCCCGCUCUCAGUCAGCCAUCAAAGUGGUCAAAGCAGUUCAAUGAUUUCCUCACGAAAUGCCUUAUAAAAGAUCCUCAGAAAAGAGCAACAGCAAAGGAAUUGCUUGAACAUCCAUUUAUAUCUGAUGCUUGGGAUAAUAAGCCUCUGAGAGAAUUGAUUAGUGAGCAUAAAGCAGAAGUUUUUGAAGAAGUCACCGAAGAAGAUGAUCAUGAGGUUCCAUCAGGUCUCUCUUCUUCACAGAUGAGUGUAAAUAUUGAAACUGUUGGUGAUAGCGGUUCUAACUUAAGUGAUGUUUCUGAUACUUCCGGUUCAAAAACAGAAGGUCCAUCACUGAAAUCUUAUAGUCAGUCUAGUUCAGAUGUUAGCGAAGCCUCCAAAACUCUUCCUAGCUCAAAGUCAAAGUCUCCUGCGCCAAAGCUUCCUCCUGCCCCGGUUGACAGCAAGUUACUGCAGCGGUUCAAGAGCAAAGAAGAUGUGUCGGUAGUGAAGAAGGAAAGCUUGAAGAAGGCUCAAAGCACUCCAUCUUUGUUAGAAAAGCAACCCUUAGCUGUUAAUAAAAAGCCCAUUGCACCUGUUCCUCCUAAAGAUGUUAAACAUAGGCCUGUGAGUGUUGUUGAUUCCGUUAGCAAUAUUAAAUCUGCACCUUUAGAGAAUAAAGUUAUUGUUAUUUCAAAUUUUAUGAAUGAAAAAAACAGUUCCUCUACUGAUGAUGAGCCUCCACAAGGGAAGGAAGCAUGGUCUGAAAAGAAGGAUGAUAACAAACACUACAAUCAGAAUUGGUCGGUUUCUAAAACGCCGACGCCAGAAAGCCCAGAGGUCACUGUGUCUUCCAACCACAGUAUUUUGCAAGAAGAAACACACAGAAGCAAUAAUUCGACGUCUUCGCUGGAUUCCAGUCACAUAUCCAUCGUCACCAUUGGAGACGUGGAAGAAGUGAAGGACUCUUCCGUCUGCGUCGAGGGCACCACCACCACUUCCACGGACGUAGACUCCCUGCCUCCCGAAAACGAUGAAGUGGUGAUCCUCCGGACCCACACUCUCUCUAAAUCGGACGUGGUGGUGGUCAGGACCUCGGACUGGAUGGAUGGACCGUCUCACGACCAGUCUGCCUUCCGGAACGGCGACCGAUCUGUAUCGGUGAAUGCGGUGUGUAGGACGGUUUCUAGUCACGAAGAUCACAAGCAGCCCGUUCAGAAUGCUCAUCCCGUGAAGAAGGCGAUGGAGGAGAAGCCAAAGAUCCGCGUCAACGUCAACUUGAAGAAGGAUUCUUCUUUUCCGUCACCUCCGCAUUCUCCUGUGCCCUCGCCUACCAGGCCAUCUUCGCGGCCGGCCUCUUCGCCCACCAGGCAGCAACAGGCUUCCCUGGAGAACGGAUCGGUCCCUCACAUGCCUUCAGAAAACGGAAAAAAUACCCUGGGGAAGAAAAUCACCAGCGAUUCGGAGAGUGUGUCUACGUUGGACAGCGUGGGUAGCAGCGAUAAGGAGAACCGAGCCCACGAAGACGACAAUCAAGUCACCUUGAGGAAGAAGAAGGAAUAUGCAAGCAAUGCAAAUCAAACAAGUCGCAAACUAAAUGGCGUAGCUGGCCACGCAAAAAUGUCCCGUCCUAAAACUUUGAAGAAAACCAGAAAAUUUAUGGUAGACGGUGUUGUAGUCACUACCACAACAAGUAAAAUUAUUUACGAGGAUGAUGAACAGACCAUCCGAGAAGAUCAUAUCUUGAGGUCGGUUUCUAAAACACCGACGCCAGAAAGCCCAGAGGUCACUGUGUCUUCCAACCACAGUAUUUUGCAAGAAGAAACACACAGAAGCAAUAAUUCGACGUCUUCACUGGAUUCCAGUCACAUAUCCAUCGUCACCAUUGGAGACGUGGAAGAAGUGAAGGACUCUUCCGUCUGCGUUGAGGGCACCACCACCACUUCCACGGAUGUAGACUCUCUGCCUCCCGAAAACGAUGAAGUAGUGAUCCUCCGGACCCACACUCUCUCUAAAUCGGACGUGGUGGUGGUCAGGACCUCGGACUGGAUGGAUGGACCGUCUCACGACCAGUCUGCCUUCCGGAAUGGCGACCGAUCUGUAUCGGUGAAUGCGGUGUGUAGGACGGUUUCUAGUCAGGAAGAUCACAAGCAGCCCGUUCAGAAUGCUCAUCCCGUGAAGCAUGCAAUGGAGGAGAAGCCAAAGAUCCGUGUCAACGUCAACUUGAAGAAGGAUUCUUCUUUUCCGUCACCUCCGCAUUCUCCUGUGCCCUCGCCUACCAGGCCAUCUUCGCGGCCUGCCUCUUCGCCCACCAGGCAGCAACAGGCUUCCCUGGAGAAUGGAUCGGUCCCUCACAUGCCUUCAGAAAACGGAAAAAAUACCCUGGGGAAGAAAAUCACCAGCGAUUCGGAGAGUGUGUCUACGUUGGACAGCGUGGGUAGCAGCGAUAAGGAGAACCGAGCCCACGAAGACGACAAUCAAGUCACCUUGAGGAAGAAGAAGGAAUAUGCAAGCAAUGCAAAUCAAACAAGUCGCAAACUAAAUGGCGUAGCUGGCCACGCAAAAAUGUCCCGUCCUAAAACUUUGAAGAAAACCAGAAAAUUUAUGGUAGACGGCGUUGUAGUCACUACCACAACAAGUAAAAUUAUUUAUGAAGAUGAUGAACAGACCAUCCGAGAAGAUCAUAUCUUGAGGAAGCAAGAGCUUAGAGAAUUGAAAAUGCUUCAAAAACAAGAGACCAAGCAGUUUCAAGAUUUAGCACUAAAAGCUCAAUUUAAUAGGGAACAGCAAGAAAAGAAAUUUGAGCAAGAAAUGAUGAUUCUUAUCAGGAAUUAUGAUAACGAUUUAGAAGCUCUCAAUAGACAACAAAAGCAGUUAGUUGAGAAAGCUGAGCAACAACAGGACUUGGAUCUUAAAUUCAAUUCAAAGAAAAUAAGAGGAGACCAAGAAAGAGAAAUCAAAAACUUCCGAGAAACACUGAAAAAUGAGUUCAAAUUCCUGAAGCAAGAAAUUGAUGUGCUGCCCAAGGAUAAAAGAAAAGAUGUUCUUCGCGUGAAACGUGAGCAAAUGGAAAUGGACCAUGCAGAAAGGGAAAGAGUUUUCAUUGAAAGGUUAAAUGAGAAACAUGACCUAUCAAUGAAGAGGUUAAGCGAUAGUCACAGGGAAAAAAUUGCUCUACUUGAGAGACAGUUUCUUCAGCAAAAGCAGCAGCUUUUAAGAGCUCGAGAAGCAGCCAUUUGGGAGCUUGAAGAACGGCAUCUACAUGAGAAACACCAGUUGGCUAAGCGACAGUUAAAAGAUUUGUUUUUCCUACAAAGGCACCAAAUGUUAGUCAGGCAUGAAAAGGAACUGGAGCAAAUCCGACGCAUGAACGAUGCAAAGGAGGAGGAGAUGAUUAAGCAGCAGGCAGUCGAGAAGCGUCAGUGGCCAAAGAGGAUGCGAGCAGAGAUGAAGACCAGGGAACACAUGUUUCGGGAAAGUCUGCACAUGGGAUUUAACUUAGUUGAGUCCCAUGAUGAUGAAAGGGAGAAGCUUCGAAAGUUCCAAGAAGGAGAAAAACGAAGGUACAAGGCAGAGCAACAGCGGCAGGAAUCAAAACAUAAGAAGCAGUUAGAAGAAUUGAGAGCAUUAGCAGAUGCUACCGUCAAAGAACUUGAACAAAUGCAGAAUGAAAAGAGAAAAAUGCUGAUGGAGCAUGAGACUUUAAAGCUGAAGCAGUUGGAAGAGGAACACACAAGUGAGCUUAAAGAGUGGAAAGCAAAUUUGAAACCACGUAAACAGAGGCUGGAGGAAGAAUUUAUUCACCAGCGGGAGGAGCAAGAGCGAUUCUACGGCUCAUCUGCUUACCUACAGGACUAUUUGUCCUCCACUUGCGAAUCGCCCCACACGCCCGGAACCCCAGGCUCGGAAGUAUCUUUUCCGCGCAACUUCUGAUUUCAAUCGGCUCUUAUACAUUGGCAUCUGCAUUUUUUUCUGUACAGGUAUUGUCUCUUGUGCUUUGUUGAACAAUGGCGAGACUAUUUUAAAUGCAUAAAUAGCUGUGAAGUCCAAAGUUGUAAAAAAUAUAUCACUUAGUUUUUAAAAAAAAUCAAAGUUUUGUGUUAAAAUUUAGUUUUUGAAAUGUUUAUAUAUUGAAGUUUACAUAUAUGCUAUUUUUAAAUUUCAGUAUAUUUUGAAUUUGAGAAUGUGUU